CACCGGUAUCAAAUAGGGUGAGCCGAUACAGGGAUGCAGGCGCGUACGUUUGUGUCACAAAGCAGGAGAAGAAAUCAGCAUCUGCUGAAUGCGGAGUUGCCAGCAAAAGCACUCCCGGCGCAUGCGCGUUUCCAAUGUGCGCCUCGAACGAAGGCAGCAUGCUACCCCACUCCUGCAUUCCACCACCGCCCCUUUUGUCAAUGUGCCUUCCAACAUGGACCAGCUGUCACAUUGGAGCUCGCCGCUGUCAAGUAAGGCAAUUGUCAGACCAGAGGCCGCUGCCACUUUGUUGCGAGAACGCAACUUGGCACCCAUGCAUUUGCUGGUUUUGUUUGAUUUCUCGUGUCGUGGGAACAGCGUGCUCGAUGGUACCGCUUUCUGCUAAAGGAGUAGCAAUUGGCUUCGGGACAUGCGGGGGUGUUUUUGCACCCAAACAAAAACCCACGGCCAAAUAUCCAUACAUGCAAGCUACAUCGGCACACUGCACCUCGAUGGGCACGGCCCCCUGUUCUGUUUUUCUGGCCGGGGUGAUUCCUUGCCCAUUGGCAAGGAUGCCCGGUUGCGACGUUGGCAGAACUGAGGGAAAGGGCCUACUUGGAAGCAGGUUGCUGUGCUUGCAGAGGAUUGCCACGCCGAUGCUUCUGUCCAGUAGGAGAGCACAAUAUCGAAUUCGAGAUUACUAUAUAUAGGUUCGAUUUAGAUCGACACUUGCCCACGCAUGUCCAAAUCCGAGCUCGGGCGUAGCGCGCUCCGCGCGGGAGGAGCUUCCCAGGCGGCGCCUGCCGCGAUAUGGGCACAGCAGACGCUUCUGCGGAUCACAUGUAUUCCUGGAUAGAACAGGCAGGCAACGUGCGAUUAUUGGGGUGGGAACAUUUUCUGUUGGUUUUUUCUUUCUGCGCAAAAAAGAACCUGCCGGCGCCUGGAGCCAGAUGCGGAGGAGAUUGCCAGACGAGUCUGCUAAUGGACGGAG